UAUUAAUUUAAUUUGUCUUAAGUUCCUUCCGAUAUGAAUUUUCUUUUCGUUCUCAUGACUUGUUUGAUAUGAUACACAGAAAUACAGUUUUGAUUCAUCCAUUCAUCUGCCUUUGAAUUUUUUUUAGUUACUUAUUUUCUUCCACAGAAACAGCCUUGGAUAUUUGAAGGGCUUCAGGCACCACCAAAUCUUGUAUGCUGCGCAGACGCAAUCUCAACUGGUGAGAAAAAGAAGGAGACAAGUUGGCCAUUAGCUAAGAAGGACUAGCAUAGAAUUUUAUUUUUCUGGGUGUUGCAAGGAAAAGCUUUUACAGAGAGAUCUGAAGUUUUGUAUGCAUUAAGUCUAUCAUCAAGUCAGGUAAUCUGAGAUUUUGGAUUCAGUGAUCUGGGUUCUGCUCGGAAGUUCAUUUCACGAUCUGGGUCUCCUCUUCGUUUAGGAACAGUGUUGGGUAAAGUUUGGUGCUUUAUGGUUCCUCUGCUUCUUCGUUUGGAGUAAUAGUAAACAGAGUUUGGUAAAGUUUAGUGCUUUACGGUUACCGUCGUCCUCAAGCUCUGGAAUUUUCGGUGGAAAUUUGUUAAAAAUUGGGUCUUUUGAUUUAGAUGGCUACACCGGUGCAGCCUCCUACGGCGGAGGUUCCACCGUCUCCACCUUUGUCUCCCGGUGGUAAUGCUGUUUCUCCUACGAGAGAGCCCAUUGAUGGCAAUUCACCUGAGUCCCCUAACCCUCCAUCUCAGUCUACUCCUCCUCCGGCGGCUCCUUUAUCAUCUCCACCACCAGAACCUUCUUCCUCACCACCUCCACCUACCGGAGCUCCUCCUCCUACUCCCACGUUACCUGCUGACCCACCACCACCACCAUCACCUGACACCUCUCCCCCUCCACAGCCUCCCAUUUCACCACCACCAUCGUUCCCGCCACCGGAAACAUCUCCUCCUCCUCCUCCCUCUUCACUUGACCCGCCAUUAAACCCACCACCACCACCACCACCACCACCUGAGACCUCUCCCCCUCCACCUCCUCCACUACAUGAGCCUGCCGUUUCACCACCACCGGAAGUAUCUACUCCUCCACCACCAUCAUCACCUGAGAGCUCUCCUCCACCACCAUCAUUACCUGAGAGCUCUCCUCCUCCACCAUCAUCACCUGAUCGGCCUGCCAUUUCACCACCAUUAUUUCCGCCACCGAAAAGCUCUCCUCCACCACCAGCUUCAGACCCACCUGGAAACCCACCUCCGUUAGUCCCACCCUUACAUUCAUCUCCACCUCCACCAUCAGUUCCUCCUCCACGUCCUCCCCCCUCCCCACCAGGCUCACAACGUCCUGCUCUCUCUCCUCCUCCACGGGAUCCAGAACAUCCUCAGCAACCUCCUCCUCCACCGGAGAAAAUCCACCCACCUUCCAAGCCAAGUCCAGCUCCCUUACCUUCUAACUCUUCUUCAUCACCAACAUUGCCCUCACCACCAUUACUUCCAUCUCCUCCUCCUUCUCCUCAAAAAUCUGUACCAGACUCAGGCAAUCCACCUCAAGAAAACAACCUUACUCCUCCUGUCACAAACAAUUCCAGCAACUCAGGUUUUAGUACAGUAGCUCUGGUGGGUGUGAGUAUUGGUUUAGUCCUUGUGCUGCUUAGUCUUAUUGUAGUUAUUGUCUGGUGCCUGAAGAGACAGAAAAAGAGGCCUUCUUCCAUUGGCGGUGGCUAUGUUAUGCCUUCUCCUAUAGUUUCCUCCCCAAGAUCAGAUUCAACGCCUUCCAAGACAAACUCAUCUGCCCCUUUAGUGGGAAACCGUUCUAGCAACCGGACAUUCUUUUCACAACCAGAACCUGGUGGCUUUGGUCACUCGAAGGAACUGUUCUCAUACGAAGAACUCGUCAAAGCAACAAAUGGAUUCUCAGAUGAAAAUCUACUGGGUGAAGGCGGGUUUGGUUGUGUAUAUAAAGGGGCUUUACCAGAUGGAAGAGUUGUGGCUGUGAAACAGUUGAAAAUAGGUGGAGGACAAGGCGACCGAGAGUUCAAAGCUGAGGUUGAAACCAUAAGCAGAGUUCAUCACAGGCAUUUGCUUUCUUUGGUUGGAUACUGUAUCUCCGAGAACCGGAGAUUGCUUAUUUAUGAUUAUGUUCCUAACAACAACCUUUACUUCCACCUUCAUGCUGCAGGAACACCGGGUCUGGACUGGGCAACGCGUGUUAAAAUCGCUGCUGGUGCGGCUCGUGGACUAGCUUAUCUCCAUGAAGAUUGUCAUCCUCGUAUCAUACACAGGGACAUCAAAUCAUCCAACAUUCUUUUAGAUAAUAACUUUCACCCUCUGGUUUCUGACUUUGGUCUUGCAAAGCUAGCUCUAGACUGUAACACGCAUAUCACAACUCGUGUUAUGGGAACAUUCGGCUACAUGGCUCCUGAAUAUGCAUCAAGUGGCAAAUUAACCGAAAAAUCAGAUGUCUUCUCCUUUGGUGUUGUUCUACUUGAGUUAGUCACUGGACGUAAGCCUGUUGAUACAUCGCAACCUUUGGGAGAUGAGAGCCUUGUUGAAUGGGCUCGUCCUUUGCUUAGUCAUGCCGUAGAAACCGAAGAGUUUGAAGCUUUGGUAGACCCCAAGCUGGGAAGAAACUACGUUGGCGCUGAAAUGUUUAGAAUGAUUGAAGCAGCUGCAGCUUGUAUUCGCCACUCAGCUGCAAAGAGACCUCGAAUGAGUCAGAUUGUGAGAGCAUUCGACAGUCUAGCUGAGGAAGACCUGACCAAUGGGAUGAGACUAGGCCAAAGCGAGGUCAUCGACUCAGCUGAGCAGUCUGCAGAGAUCAGAUUGUUUAGAAGAAUGGCUUUUGGCAGCCAAAACUACAGUACAGAUUUUUUCACUCAUGAUAUUUAUAAUAGCAGAGACGAAAACGUGUAAAUAUCAGAAACAAAACUCAUUGGAGAUUUUGAUUUUGCCAAGAAACAGAGCCUUUCUUGAUUACCACGGAAUCACAUAUCACUAAGAGGAAAGGUUAAUGAGUUUAGGACCUCAAAUGCAAGUCAUCUGGUUCGUCUAGUCCGAAUCUAAUGGAAGAAGAGAUGAGAACAGAACAGCGAGUGGGCGUAAAAGAGGUUUCAUCUUCUUACAUGAGAAGUCACCUCCUGCAUCUAUCUUUGCUUUUGUGAUGUAACUCAUGUCCACUCAAUGUUAUGCUAAUAAUGAAUCAACAAGCUUCUCUUUAUGUCAUCACCAAACUUUUCAUUGGCGUGUGUAA